UCCGCGUUUCUGUCGGCACUUGCCCGAUUAUUGAGACCGGGUGAACCCGAUGGGGCAUGUUAUAUUCAAACUGUUCAGCGAAGCCGCGUUCGGAAAGCGUCCAAGCGAAAAGAAAAUAGAGAGGGGGGGGGGGGUGGCGGAAGUUGGUCGUCCGUUCCGAAACAGAACCGAGUUGUGGAGGUGAGAAAGCCGGCCAUGCCCUCCGGCCGUUCCGUUCGCGUUCCGCCGAUUCCUGCGGUACUUUUUUUGAUGGCGACUCAUGGGGGAAGGGAAGAAGAGAAAAGGCUUCCUAUUUUGAUCGCGAUUCCACGGUUUUGCGAUUUGAACGGCUUCAAAGGAGCUGCUGGCUGCGACGAGGUGUUCGAGCAGAGGUUCAGCUUCAAGCCGGAGACUACUUUCCCGUCGCCGCCGGCGUUUAGCAAUUGUCAGAAGAGUUACCUGUCACGGGCGACGCGGAAUUCCAUGUCGUCCAAUUCCAAUUUAGGUGUAAAGAAUAGGCCACCAGCGCCGCCUCCUCCAGAAGCGGCUCCCGUGAUGCAGUUGGGGCGGAAAAUGUACGCCGGACAGGGAUCGUCGCAUUGUUGAAAGCGGGGUGAAGAUGAAGUUUUUUUUUGCGGUAUCCAUAAGGUGGGGGUACGGAGGAAUGAACGACAGCAAAACAUCGCUCUACUUCAACGACAUUCCCCCGCGCACUGCUGCAUUUUCGACUCACUUGGACCCGAUUGUGUGUCGGAUGAAGCCAGUAUUUUCUUUCCAUUCACCUAUUUUUUUUUUUUUUUUGCGACCGGAGUAACACAACUUUACGAUAGAUGGGACUUGUGCUCCGUGAAGCUUUGCACUGUUUCGGCACGGAAAUGCCCAUGAUUUACUCCGCAUCAGGCGAGUGACGGUUCAUUUGUGAAGUCCCGAGUUGCCAUUUUGAGGAUAUUUAUUUAGUGACUUCAUCCUCGAUGUUCAACAGUCCGACGUGGAUCGAAUUCAAUUUUUCGUAGUUCUAUCACUUUUUUUUUAGGGGAAUCCUUUUUUAUGCCAAGAAAAAUAAUUACGGACAUCCUGGAAUAGAUUUUAAUUCUCCCUGGGAACAAAUGGUCGGCGAAGCUUCAGAGGUUCACCUUUUACUAGAAUAUCGAAUAUGAUCCUUGUUCUCCUUGGGUGAGUUGAUUCGUUUUUCGUUGUUCGAUAACCAUUUUGAUUUUUAUCGUUGUGGGAAUGAUCCUUUUUUAUUUAUUAAUCACUUAAGCGGUAUCCUGUGCUCCGCGUUACAUUUCGAUGUGAUAUUGAUAUAAUAACGAAAAUUAAGUGAGCGGAAGCGGUUAUAUUUUUUUCGGGUCUGCUUUUUUGUUGCCCUUCCAGCAUCGAUUGAUUGAUUUCAUGGUGGGGCCCAAAAUUUUUUUGUUUCAAGAUUUUGCGAGGGAAAAAAAAAAGAAAAAGGUGCUCGGAUCGUCGGGGCUGCAUUUAAAAGC